AAACUGUUGUGACUCACGUUACUUAAGUUGUACAUUUAUUAUAAAGUAUGUUCACAGUGAUGUAUGACAAUUUAGCAGUUAUGUACUAGGGAUUUGCAUUAUAGGGCAGCUAUUUCAAUCGCCAAGGAAUUCUUGCAACUCGGUAUGUACAAUGUUAACCAAUGAUGAUGAAGUGGCUGGUAAACCUUGAGUGGUGUUAGUGGAGUGUCGGAUGAAAUGGAGAAUAGAAUUAAUGCAAUUUCUUAUAAAACAGAUGAAAUAGCAAGAGGGCAAGAGUUGUAUUUCAGGCACAUGUUACUAUUCAGUAAAGCCGUGCCAUUAGCAAUUAAAGCCUUCAUUAGAGAUGUUGUUGAAAAAAGAGGACCCUCUCUGAAUAUAGUUCUUACAAACAAGAAAGAACAUAUUCGAACGUUUUAUACUGACAUAUACAAAGUGCUUUUUGAUGAUACCAAUGAAAACAUUGAUACAAAAAUAGAAUCUUUGGGAAUAACAAAUCUCUGUGAUAUUGUUUUUUUACUUACUGAGCCAACAAAGAUCGAUUGUGUUAAACGCAUAUAUGUCCAACAACUUGAUCUGAAAAACUAUUCGAAAUGUGCUUCUUUUGACUUUGAAACUUUUGUACUUAAAUGGGAGGAACUCAAGUACUCGUUGACUGAACUUUGUAAAGGUACAGACGCUGAAUGUAAAUGCAAAAGUCUAAUAAAGUUCUUUGAUGAAUCAAAAGACUUUCAGAUAGGAAAAGAAAUAUAUGAAAACUUGAAAAGUACUGAAGAUGUCAACAAGCAUAUUGAAAUCGCUUCAGAAUACCAAUUACCUUCAAAUUCGGUCCCAGAUUUAAACACUGAGGAUUUGUCUGAAGUCGAAGAUGAUGACUUUCAGAUAGGAAAAGAAGUAGAUGAACGCUUGAAAAGUACUGAAGAUGUCAACAGGCAUAUUGAAAUCGCUUCAGAAUACCAAUUACCUUCAAAUUCGGUCCCAGAUUUAUACACUGAGGAUUUGUCUGAAGUCGAAGAUGAUGACUUUCAGAUAGGAAAAGAAGUAGAUGAAAACUUGAAAAGUACUGAAGAUGUCAACAAGCAUAUUGAAAUCGCUUCAGAAUACCAAUUACCUUCAAAUUCGGCCCUAGAUUUAAACACUGAGGAUUUGUCUGAAGUCGAAGAUGAUGACUUUCAGAUAGGAAAAGAAGUAGAUGAACACUUGAAAAGUACUGAAGAUGUCAACAAGCAUAUUAAAAUCGCUUCAGAAUUCCAAUUACCUUCAAAUUCGGUCCAAGAUUUAUACACUGAGGAUUUGUCUAAAGUCGAAGAUGAUGACUUUCAGAUAGGAAAAGAAGUAGAUGAACGCUUGAAAAGUACUGAAGAUGUCAACAGGCAUAUUGAAAUCACUUCAGAAUACCAAUUACCUUCACAUUCGGUCCCAGAUUUAUACACUGAGGAUUUGUCUAAAGUCGAAGAUGAUGACUUUCAGAUAGGAAAAGAAGUAGAUGAAUACUUUAAAAGCAGUACUGAAAAUGUCAACAGGCAUAUUGAAAUCGCUUCAGAAUACCAAUUACCUUCAAAUUCGGUCCAAGAUUUAUACACUGAGGAUUUGUCUAAAGUCGAAGAUGAUGGUAAGAAAUUAAUGUAA